UGGAGUCACGAGUUGUUUGGGAGAACACCGGGUGUGAUUCUCUGGGUGUACUCGGUUCCCCUGGGAGACUUGCUCCCAUAUUAGUGUAUUCUGCCUGCCUCAUUGAGGAGUUCCUGCCGCCCUCCUCUCACGCUUUCUGUUCUGGCUGUGUCAGUAUGACCCUGGCUGUGUAACCCCCUGUUACCAUGGAAACCGGGGGCAGCGAGCGGACCCCACUGCUGGGAGCUCGGUCGGAGAGCUCGGCCUUUGCUGACCGACGCCUGGCAUGCUUCGCCGUGCUGCUGUCCGAGCUGCUGGAGAGAGUGGCUUUCUACGGCAUCACCUCCAACCUGCUGCUCUUCCUCAAUGGGCCCAUGUACAACUGGGAGGGCACCCAGGCCAGCCAGGCCCUGCUGCUCUUCAUGGGCAUCUCCUACCUGGUGUCUCCGUUCGGGGGCUGGCUGGCGGACGCCCUGGCUGGCAGGUUCAAUACCAUCUUGGUCAGCAUGCUUAUCUACCUGGUCGGCAUGCUCACCUUCCCCAUGAUCACCUACCCGGCCACCCGAGACAGCUUCUGCGGAGACUUCCACCUGGAGGACAUCGGGAACUGCAGCACCCCUGCCAAUGCCAGCACGGCCCGGACAUGCAGGGAGAGGAGCACCAUGUACUGUGCCCCGGUGGUUUUUGUAGGAUUGGUAAUCGUGGGGCUGGGUGUGGGCUCAGUCAAGGCAAACAUCACUCCCUUUGGAGCAGACCAGGUAAAAGAUCGUGGACCAGAGGCAACACGUAGAUUUUUCAACUGGUUCUAUUGGAGCAUUAACUUGGGAGCAAUUAUCUCACUUGGUGGAAUUGCCUAUGUUCAGCAAAAUGUUGGAUUCCUUAUAGGAUACAUCAUUCCUGCAACUUGCAUUGGUGUUUCAUUUUUGGUGUUCUUGUGUGCACAAUCAUUCUUUGUUACUAAGCCUGCUGAUGGCAGCGCCUUCACGGACAUGUUCAAAAUUAUUGCGUAUUCCUGCUGUUCCAGGAAGCGGUCUACAAGCAACCAAACAAGCAUCCAGAGCAAUGGUUCAUAUCAACAGCCGAAGAAUAAAAGUAUUCUGGACCUUUCAAAGUCAUCAAAUGGAGGGCCCUUUAGGGAAGAUAAAGUAGAAGAUGUAAAAGCCCUUGUAAAGAUUAUUCCAGUCUUCUUGGCAUUGAUUCCUUACUGGACUGUAUAUUUUCAGAUGCAAACUACUUAUGUUCUUCAGAGUCUUCACCUGAAAAUACCACAGUUCUUUAAUAGUAAAGACCAUACUUUCCCAGCAGCGUGGCUCACCAUGUUUGAUGCUGUGCUUAUAUUGAUCCUGAUUCCAUUAAAAGAUAAGUUAGUGGAUCCAGUGCUGAAAAAGAAAGGCCUUUUGCCAUCAUCCCUAAAGAGGAUUGCAGUUGGAAUGUUUUUUGUAAUGUGUUCUGUGCUAGCUGCAGGUAUUCUGGAAAGUAAACGAUUGACAAUUGUGAAACAAAGCGAACCAAUUCCACAGAGGAUUGGGAAUGUGACCUAUUUUGCUGCAGAUCUGGCCAUUUGGUGGCAGCUACCCCAAUAUCUUCUUAUUGGAGUCAGUGAAAUAUUUGCAAGCAUAGCAGGAUUGGAAUUUGCCUAUUCAUCUGCUCCUAAAACCAUGCAAAGUGCUAUUAUGGGCCUUUUCUUUUUCUUCUCUGGUGUUGGCUCUUUUGUGGGUUCUGGACUUCUUGCCUUGGUGUCCACACCAGCAAUUGGAUGGAUGAGCAGCCACUUAGAUCUAGGCAACAUUAAUGACUGCCAUUUGAACUUUUAUUUCUUCUUGCUAGCUGCUAUCCAAGCAGUAACACUCAUAGUCUUCCUUAUUAUUUCUGUGAAAUUUGAACGCCAACAGUCCAGAACAAAUGGAAAAAUAUAACUACUGGUGAAAACUGCCAUUUUUACUCUUAAACAGGAGUAUAAUUACUGAUAGCCUGAAAAAUAGAUUCCCCUUGAUCUGUAUUCUUAAGUGCAUCAAUCUAUUGUGCAUCAUUUUUAAUGGACGCAAUGGGCACGCUGAUCUUUUGAUUUUUGUUUUGAAGGUAACAAGCAUUGCAUUACUUGAUCCAGCAGGACAAUUUCAUGCUUCUGUGCCUUCAGGCCACAUGUGUCAGUCCUAUAAGUCUGAGAAAUGUUUUCAUUUGAAUUUGGGCUGCUGUUUGGCUAUUAUAGGUUACAUCACAAAACUGUUUGUUAGACUGAGUUGAAAUAUUAUUACAGCAAGAUUACAACUAGAUAGUUUCGAUUUAAUAUUUGCUGAAUUAGACUCUUGUAUGUCCUUCCCUUAUAUUAACAUCAUAUGCCAGUGGGUCAGAUCCCAUUAAAACAAUAUAUUUCUGCCAUAGCCUGGACUUCGUAGGCUUCGGCAUCUUUAUUCUUCAUGUUUCCUAUGAUCAAAAUUUGUCCCAAAAUGUAUUUUUAUUUUCUCCAGGUAAAUAAUUAUUUUCAGAAUAUAAAUAUUUUCUCAAAUACAUAACGUAGCACAACAGAUUAUUGCUGACUGAGUCAAGAGUCACACAUCUUCAUGAACAAUACUUUCCACAGUGUUUUGCCUUAAGAAAAUGUUACUUUUUUUGCAAGUAUUUGUCAGAAAUAUUUUUUGGAGUUAAGGCUUUGCUUUUUAUUCUGAAAAUAAUCUGAUGGUUUAUAGAAGUGUGUCAAAUUGAAUUUUGAAACGUUUUUUUUCUUUCUUUUAUUUAUUAAACAAAUUGUGUAUUAUUUAGUACAGAUGUGUUAAGUGAUGCAUUAGCGAUCUGGAUUAGCGAUCUGGAUAAACACUACUUGAAGGAGUAUGUCUUCAAUGCGCAAUACUGAAAUAUUUGCCACAUAUUUCCUUGUGUGUAGUGAGUAAUAAUUAGCACAUUUGUUACCAGUACUAAACGAAUAUGUAAUGUUGGUUCAACAAAAGAUCAACGGUAUAUUUGUCCUCUAGUGAUUUACACCUUCCUAGUAGCAAACUCUGAGAUGGCUUGAUUAGCAAAGCUCUUUGCUUUCUUAACACUGCUACAUGAUGUCUAUCUUGGAUAAACCGUUUCUGAUGGUUGGCCUUGCAUCUGCUGAAUAUUCUUAUUGAUGAGUGAUGUCCUUCAGUCAAUUCCAGAAUGUUGUUACAAUUAAAAAAUAAACUGAUGGGUCACUAAUUAAAGUGUCACUGUUUGCCCAGUAUUGAAAUAGAAAACAUUUCCCAAAAUACCAUAUUUGGUUCUCACUCUUGUGCUGAAUAUGAAAUAUGCAAAAACUGUUGAGUCGAUUGAAGGUAUGGUGGGGGUGAUCAUUGUUUUGUUUCCUUGUGUAAUAAUUUAUAUUCUACUCAUGUUAUAUAAGUAUUUUCCCUCUAUCAACUGCUUUGAUAAUUAUAUGGUGAUUGUUGGAAAAUUGUUACUAUAGAGAUGCCCUCUAUCCAAAUUGUAAUCCAUACUGGAUAUGUUCUCUUCCAUUUAUUUUAAUGGACCUAAUUUUCCUGAAAUUACCACACUUUAUAUCCAUGCACCCCGCAUCUAAAACAAAUUUGAAGAUGAAUUUACUAACAUCAUUUAGGCAGGUUGUGGAUUUUGCUGAUUGAUUUUUAUCUUGCCAGUGUUUUGACGCAUUCCUGCUUGAUGAUUUGCACAUACAGUGUAAAUGCUGCAGAUUGCCUAUUUUAUUGCAGAUAUAUAAUAUAUUGUACUUUGAACAACCUUUUUCUUUUCGCCUUGUGUAACCAUUUCAAAAAAUAAAAUAUUUUUUAAUUUGUAA